CAUCUCUCCCUCCAGAUCUCUCAGUUCCCCGCUAUUAAUUACCCACCUCUCUCUUCCCUCCUCUCUCCCCGUAGCUCUCUCUCCUCGCCCCGCUCCGUCCUCCCCUCCUAGGGUUCGACGCCCUCGCCAGCCCGCGGCGAAGCCACCGCCCACCUCGCCGGCGGCGUCCGCGGCCAGGAAGAUGGCCGGCGGCUUUCGGGUGCUACAUCUUGUCAGGCCCUUCUUGGCUUUCUUGCCGGAAGUGCAGAGUGCUGACAGGAAAAUACCAUUUAGAGAAAAAGUGAUCUACACCGUCAUUUCUCUCUUCAUUUUCCUGGUGUGCAGUCAGCUCCCGCUCUAUGGCAUCCAUUCAACCACUGGAGCUGAUCCUUUCUACUGGAUGCGUGUUAUUCUUGCAUCAAACCGUGGUACUGUCAUGGAGCUGGGUAUUACCCCAAUUGUGACAUCUGGAAUGGUUAUGCAACUUCUAGUGGGAUCCAAGAUUAUUGAAGUUGACAACAGUGUGAGAGAGGAUCGUGCUCUGCUGAAUGGUGCACAGAAGUUGCUGGGUAUCCUGAUUGCCAUUGGGGAAGCUGUGGCAUAUGUUCUGUCUGGAAUGUAUGGCAGUGUGAGCCAACUUGGAACUGGAAAUGCCAUUCUCAUCAUACUUCAGCUUUUCUUUGCUGGCAUCAUUGUCAUCUGUCUAGAUGAACUUCUCCAGAAAGGCUAUGGUUUGGGUUCUGGCAUUUCUCUCUUCAUUGCUACCAAUAUCUGUGAGAAUAUCAUCUGGAAGGCAUUUAGCCCUACCACCAUCAACAGUGGACGUGGUGCUGAAUUUGAAGGGGCUGUCAUUGCAUUGUUCCAUCUGUUGAUUACUCGAUCAGACAAAGUCCGUGCCCUACGAGAAGCUUUCUACCGUCAGAAUCUGCCAAAUGUGACCAAUUUGCUUGCUACUGUCCUGGUCUUUCUCAUAGUUAUCUAUUUCCAAGGCUUCCGUGUUGUGCUUCCAGUGAGGUCAAAGAAUGCUCGUGGGCAGCAAGGCUCAUACCCAAUUAAGCUGUUCUACACUUCAAACAUGCCCAUCAUUCUGCACUCUGCCCUGAUUACCAACCUGUAUUUCAUAUCCCAGCUUCUCUACAGGAAGUACAGUGGAAACUUUCUGGUUAACCUUCUUGGUAUAUGGAAAGAAUCUGAAUAUUCUGGCCAUUCUAUCCCUGUUGGUGGUCUUGCUUACUAUGUAACUGCACCAUCAAGUAUGGCUGAUAUUCUGGCGAAUCCAUUCCAUGCAUUGUUCUAUGUGGUCUUCAUGCUGUCAGCAUGUGCUCUCUUCUCAAAAACAUGGAUUGAAGUCUCUGGUUCAUCAGCCAAGGAUGUUGCUAAGCAGCUGAAGGAACAACAAAUGGUGAUGCCAGGUCAUCGUGAGUCAAACCUGCAAAAGGAACUGAACAGAUACAUCCCUACUGCCGCUGCAUUUGGUGGAGUGUGCAUCGGCGCAUUGACUGUUCUUGCUGAUUUCAUGGGCGCAAUUGGUUCAGGAACCGGAAUUCUGUUGGCUGUUACCAUCAUAUACCAGUACUUUGAGACCUUCGAGAAGGAGAGGGCGACAGAGCUUGGUUUCUUCGGGUUUUGAUUGAUACAUGAUAGCUUUGGGAGCAUGUUAUGGCUACAGCACAGCUCGAGUCUUUCUAGACAGUCGCAAUACUGCUUGGCUGGCUGGCUGUUGUGGUUGUAACCGGAGAUUAAAUUCUGUUUAGGUUACCCCGACUUAUUUACAGUUGAGAAAUCUGUAGAUGCUGCGUGUGUUCUUCAGGCCAGUUAUGGUGGUGGACCGGUCCAAGCACGGGCGUGGCCGUCACCUGUCAUCUUCCGUAGACUUCUCAUGUUUUUGACUAUAUAGCAACUGAAUGUUUUGGGACCAAUUUAGUCAUCUUGAGCUGGUA